AUGAAUCUACGUUCUGUAUUUACUGUAGAACAACAAAGGAUUUUACAGCGCUAUUAUGAAAAUGGAAUGACAAAUCAAAGUAAAAAUUGCUUUCAGCUCAUAUUACAAUGUGCACAGGAGACUAAACUGGAUUUCAGUGUAGUUAGGACAUGGGUUGGUAAUAAAAGAAGAAAAAUGAGUGGUAAGAAUUCUGAAUCAGGACCAUCAACACAAGGAACUGUUUCCAGCACUUCUUUGGCACUUCCCAAAGUUGCAGUCAGAAACAUGGUUAAUAUUGCUCAACCCUCAAGCCUGCAGUCAUCUUGGACACCUGGCAACAAUGAUGUAAUUGUAACUGGUAUAUACAGUCCAGCAAGUUCAUUGAAUAGGCAAGGGACAACCAGACAUACAAACACACAUAUUUUGGAAGCAAAUAAAUCCCCUAUUCAGAAAACUACCAGUAAAAAUGAUACUGAGUUUCAGUUGCACAUUCCUGUUCAAAGACAAGUAGCACACUGUAAAAAUGCUUCCUUGCUCCUAGGAGAAAAAACUAUUAUUUUGUCAAGACAGACAAGUGUAUUAAAUGCUGGAAAUUCUGUAUAUAAUCACUCCAAGAAAAACCAUGGAAAUUCUUCAGUGCAAACUUCUGAGAUGAUGGUACCCCCCAAACCAUCUGUGUGCCAGCAACCUUGCAAAAUUGAAUCAAUUGGAAUUCAAAGAUCAUAUAAGCCUGAGCACUCAACUAUGACAUCUCUUAACUCAUGUGAGCAAAAGCAAACAUUCAGAGACCCUUAUUGUAGGACACAAAACUUAGAAAUCCGUGAAGUGUUUUCUUUGGCAGUUAGUGAUUGUCCUCAGAGAAUUCUUGGAGGAAAUGUUCCACAGAAACCUAGUUCAGGAGAAGGAACUUGUUUGUCCAUUGCAAUGGAGACUGGAAAUGCAGAUGAUGAGUAUGUCAGAGAAGAAGAGUUGGCGUUGAUGGGAGCACAGAUACCAAGAUAUUCAAGGUUUUAUGACAGUAGUAAUAGCCUUCGAGCUGAGAAUCAAAAUACAACUUUGUUUGGACCUGGAAGAAAUACGUCACAUUCACAAAGGAUGAAUAUUAGAGACUUGUCAGACAAUGUACUGGAUUAUAACAGAGACUACCACCUCACACCACGGACCUCAUUACAUACAACAUCUACUACAGUGUACAGUAAUGCAAAUCUAUCUCGAAGUGAUUUCCCCCCACAUUUUGCAUCAUCAAAUCAAUUGAGAUUGUCACAAAACCAAAACAAUUAUCAGAUUUCAGGAAACCUUACCGUGCCUUGGAUUACAGGGUGUUCUAGGAAAAGAUCAUUACAAGAUCGGACUCAGUUCAGUGAUCAAGAUUUAGCCACUCUUAAGAAGUACUGGGACAAUGGCAUGACCAGCUUGGGCUCUGUUUGUAGAGAGAAAAUUGAAGCAGUCGCAACUGAAUUAAAUGUUGACUGUGAAAUAGUUCGGACUUGGAUUGGGAAUAGAAGAAGGAAAUAUCGCUUAAUGGGCAUUGAAGUUCCACCUCCAAGAGGAGGUCCUGCUGAUUUCUCUGAGCAGUCUGAAUCUGGCUCUUUGUCUGCAUUCACAUCAGGAGAGGAAGCUGGGCCCGACAUUGGAGAAGAUAAUGACAGAAAUGAUGAAGUAUCCAUCUGUUUGUCUGAAGGAAGUUAUCAAGAAGAGUCCAAUGAAGUUACAUCAAAUGAAACAAGAGAUCAUAAAGAAGAAGACCACCAUGUAGUAUCCAGAGAUAAUAUGAAUGAAGAAGUAAGAUUCAUUGAAAAUGAGCUAGAAAUCCAAAAGCAAAAGUACUUUAAACUUCAGAAAUUUGUUAGAAGCUUGAUACUAGCUAUUAAAGCUAACGAUAAGGACCAACAACAGAAACUGCUGUCAAAUUUACCUCCUGAAUUGGAAGAGAAGAAUUCCAUUUGUGUCUCACCAGAGCCCGAUGAUACCUCAUUCAUUGUGUCUUCUCUAUCAGAAAAAAAUAUAAGUGAUUCUCUUCUACAACAUCUCACAUUUUAA